AUGACCGUUCCACGUGUGGACGUCGCCACUCCCGACACGACAACUACUGCGACCGUGUACGGGUGGGUGAAGACCAUCCGUCGCCAAAAGAACUUGAGCUUCAUCACCAUCAACGAUGGGUCUGCGUUCAAGAGUCUGCAGGUGGUGUGCGACGCGUCGUCGAUUCCUGCCGCGUCGUUGGCGGACGUGUCAGUGGGCAGCAGCGUGACGGUCACAGGCGCCGUGACGCACGCUCCUAAGUCGGGGCAAGUGGAAGUACACGCGCAGUCCGUCACCGUACUGGGCACGAGCGACCCCGCCGUGUACCCGCUGUCCAAGAAGUUCCACGGCCUCGAGUUCGUCCGCGAGCACCUCCAUCUUCGGCCGCGGACCAACACGUUUGGCGCUUUGACCCGCGUCCGCAAUGCCCUCAGCCAAGGCCUGCAUCAGUACUUUCAGUCUCAGGACUUUGUCCAAGUGCAUACGCCCAUCUUGACAUCGAUCGACGCCGAAGGGGCGGGCGAGCAGUUUCGCGUCACACGGGACUAUCCCGAAGCUUCCUCUGGAGCCCACAAUCCUGAUGAUAGUACUACUCCAUCGUUCUUUGGCCGACCUGCCUACUUGACCGUGUCGGGCCAGCUCCAUGCUGAAAUGUACGCGAGUGCGCUGUCGAAAGUGUACACGUUUGGGCCGACGUUUCGCGCCGAGAACAGCAACACGAGCCGCCACCUGUCCGAGUUCUGGAUGGUCGAGCCCGAGAUGGCCUUUGCCGGCUUGUCCGAGUGCAUGGCGAGCGCGCAGGGCGCCGUCCAGCACAGCAUCCAGCACGCUUUGGCGACAUGUCCGGACGACUUGGCGUUUUUUCAGGAGCAGCAGCAGGCCAAAGAAUCUACGCCCAAAAAGUCAGCUCAGUCCACGAAUCUACUAAGUCAACUCACGGCGGUGGCGACCCAUGACAUCCCACACAUGACGUACACGGAAGCUAUUGCCGUCUUGACCCAGGCGUCCGUCAAGUUUGAGCUUAAGCCGGAAUGGGGUAUCGACUUGAAGACCGAACACGAGCGGUACUUGGCAGAGACGUACGUGGGAGGACCUGUGUUCGUGACCGACUACCCCGCCGCGCUCAAGGCGUUCUACAUGCGGCAGAAUGACGUGGCAGAUCCGGACCGCGCAACAGUAGCCGGCAUGGACCUCCUCGUGCCGGCCGUCGGCGAACUCGUCGGUGGCAGCGUACGCGAAGAACGGCUCGAGGUGCUCGAAGCCAAGAUGCGCGCGAGCGGGGUGGACCCGAAUGGACUGCAGUGGUACCUGGACCUCCGUCGCUUCGGGACAGUGCCGCACGCGGGAUGGGGCCUCGGGUUCGAGCGCCUCGUGCUGUUCGUCACAGGGAUGGAGAACAUCCGAGACGCCAUCGCCGUGCCGCGGUACCCGGGUGCCUGCCGCCAUUAA